UUUGAUUAGGUAGGUUGUCACACCUGUGUAAAUGUCAAACAUCAUCAAAUUGUCAAAAAAACGUGUUUCAAAAAUUGCUAAAAUGGUUAAUAUUACUGAAAAUCAGAUUCGUAACAUCGGUAAAGUGCUUCGGGACGAAUCCAGGCCCUUGAAAGAGCGGUUUCGGGCCCUUUUUACUCUUCGUAAUAUUGGGGGCCCCAUUUCGAUAGACUGCAUUAAAGACUGCUUCCACGACGAUUCAGCUUUAUUAAAACACGAACUUGCGUAUUGUUUGGGUCAAAUGCAAGACGCUCAAGCUGUCUCAAUUCUUAUUGAAGUGUUACAAGAUACAAAUCAGGAGCCAAUGGUGAGGCAUGAGGCAGCCGAAGCUUUGGGCGCUAUUGCCUCUCCUGAAACUAUCACCAUUUUGGAAAAAUUCAAAUCGGAUCAGGUCAUUGAAGUUGCAGAAACGUGUGAAUUGGCCCUUGAAAGGAUAAAAUGGUUGCAAAGCCCCGAAAGUUCAACGAUUAGUCUGAAAAGUCCCUACAAUUCUGUCGAUCCUGCUCCUCCUGCAACUUCCACAAAUGUGACGAAACUUAAAGAGAAACUCCUAGAUGAGAAAGCCCCACUUUUUGAGCGAUAUCGUGCCAUGUUUUCUUUACGCAAUGUUGGGACUAAGGAGGCUAUUGCGGCUCUGGGGGCCGGUUUGAAAUGCGGAAGUGCGUUGUUUAGACAUGAGGUGGCUUUUGUUUUGGGGCAACUGCAGGAUAAGGAAGGAGUGCCGUUUUUGAGGGACAGUCUGGAGGAUUGUGGAGAGAAUGAGAUGGUCAGGCAUGAGUGUGCAGAGGCUCUGGGGGCUAUAGCCACCGAAGAUUGUAUAAAUAUUUUGAAUAAGUAUUUAGGGGAUGAGAAGAGGGUGGUUAAAGAGAGUUGCGAGAUAGCCCUGGAUAUGUGUGAAUAUGAAAACAGUCCAGAAUUUCAGUACGCAAAUACUUUGCAAGCUGCCUAAUUAAAUUAAACUGUAAGAUAUUUAUUUUGUUGAUAAAAUUAUAUAAACAUGA